AUGCCACCUUCCAAGUGGGGAGGAGGAGGACAGUGUCUCGCCUCCCCCGUUGCCCCUCGCCGCAGAUUCGAUGACGAAGAAGAAGAAGAUGUCCUUGACUCCUGGGACGCCGCCGAAGACUCCGAAGUAGAACGCGAGAAGGCGAAGAAGGCGGCCGAGGCCGAGGCCGCGAAGAAGGCUGCCGCUGCUGCCAAUAAGAAGACCAAGGCUCAGCGGAUAGAAGAGCACCGUGAGCAGCGGAGGCAGGACGCCGAAGACUCUGAUGAUUUCGACGCCGACGAGACGGAGGCUGAGCGCCGUGAGCGCCUGCGCCGCACUGAGAAGGAGGCCGACCUGCAGCACGCUUCCGAUCUGAUUGGCGACAUCGACUUGAACCGCAACCGUGGUGCCCCCAAGGCUAUCGUUGUUACCGACUCCAAGGACCCUACCAACUCUAUCGAUCUGUCUGCCAUGCCCUUGUUCAACCCCACCACUAAGGAUCAGUUCAACCGCCUGAGCGAUGUUCUCAUUCCUCUGCUUACCAUGCAGUCGAAGAAGCCCCACUACGCUCUCUGGGCCCAGGACUUCACCCGCAGACUUGUCAAGGAACUCCCCAGCACCGAGAUCAAGAAGAUUGCCAGCGCUCUGACCACCGCUAGCAACGAGAAGAUGCGAGAGGAGCGUGCGGCUGACAAGGGCAACAAGAAGACCAAGGCUGCUAAGACCAAGAUCUCCCUGAACGCCAACCGCGAUAACCAGAUCGACAACAAUAACUAUGAGAACGAUGACGGUCUUGGUGAUGAUGACUUUAUGUAA